AUGAUUACGCGGUGUUACCAGUUGAUUUGGAAUGCUUUCUUCUUUGUGGCAUUUAAUCUCAGUUCUGAUAUCUUUGGAUGGACCCAGUGUACACAGAAAAACUCUUACUUAGUAGAGAUGAAUUCAGCCAAGGAGAACAAAUGGAUAUCUGAAAUGUUUUUGUCAGAAAAUGGAAAUGGGAACACUCAUCUUGUAGACACUACAUGGAUAGGAGCCAAUAGGAAAAACGGAAUACUUACAUGGGAACAUAGCAACGAACCUGUCAACCUUCAGUCAUGGGUAACGAACAGACUUGAUGGAAGUGGAAGUUGUGUGUUCAUGGAAUACACAGGGAGUUGGACUGAUGUUCGCUGCGACAGGCAACUGCACGUAUACGCCUUUGUCUGUGAAAAAAUGUUGUAA